GUUGGUCCAAUGUUAAAGAACUAUGUCAAUUCCAAAAAAAGAGUACCAGCGUUGUGCGGUGACAGCAUUUAUUUCUUGACGUGUUUCAUUUUCACUUUAGUUCCUCAAGUCCGAGUUAUUGAAAUAGCUUGGUCUCGUGAACAAGCCGCAUUUGCCUCACAAGGUAAUGAAAAGGAACGCGUAUGAUAUGUUUGAGUUCUAAGAUUUUUAGUAGCCGGUAAUUCAAGCUAGUAGCUAGCUGCUAAGUGUUAGCAUAAGGGUUUUCGCCGGUACAGGCGAGCCUCUUUGUCUGACAGGAGAAGGCGUGCUCUUUUGUUAGCUUUUCCCCCCUUUGUCCACUCAAAAAACAGCAUUUAUCGGGCUCUAGUUUCACUGAUAUCUGCUAUUCUGCGCGUAUUUGGAAAAUGCAGAUCGGGAAAAAAUACUUUACAGAAGGCCUAAUUCAGUUAACAAUCCUGCUUAGUUUUAUUGGAGUUCGAGUAGACGUCGACAGUUACCUAAGUGGCUACUAUCCGCCUCUGACAGAAAUCAACUUAGGACCUAGCUCAGCUUACACCCAAACACCCUUCCACAUUUUGAGAGACACCCACGACGGAUACGGCGUUCAUCCAAAAUGUCCCGAGCUGGACUAUUUCUUCGCCAGUCGGCGGCUUCUGGACGAGGUGAGGACUCUCGGGUCGCCGCGGUUUCACACGCAGCUGAACGCGUGGCUGGUGCACCAGGUGUCUGCCACUGACAAGGCUGAGCACGGGCCCUCCACUAGCAGCGGGACGGACACUGACGGGGUGCUGGAAAGCCCCGGAGACGAAGCCGGAGACUCCAACCUGUCCGAGAGUGGACAAGAAGUGCGAAGAAGGGCCAAUCUUGAACUGGGACAGGGGCCUUGUCACUCUGGAGCGAGUGUGACUCCACAAGAGGAAGAUGAAGCUAAAGUCAAAGAGGAGGAUCCCGUUUCCCUCACACAGCUUGCUCACAGUUCCUCUCUUGAACAGGAGAGUUUACUUGAAGGCAGCACUGCACUGUCCAAUCCGGGGCGUUGCCAUCCUCCUUAUCCCACUCCUGAUAUCGACUGGAGCAAUUUCCUCUCUCUUACAGACCUCGAUGACCUGGAUUCUCUUGUUUCUGGGCGUCUGCCAGACCUCAGCACUGACAUCACGGGCGCCAUCAGCCAGGAUGUCAGCUUGCAUGAUGCCAUGGUAACCAGUGCUGGAAUUUAUGGUGAGUCAUCAUCUGGAGGAACUGAGCCCAGGACCAGCGCUCAACAGCAAAGAACCCUGCUGAGGCUGGACUCCACGGGGUCUUCUGACACUUCUCCUGAGAUGGCUCUGGGCCUCGCCGCACUGCCUUUUGCCUCGGUGUGCAAUAUGACUGCUAGUGGCACAGCUCAAGGCACACUGGAUGACUGUCUGGAUGAAGCUGUGUUUGACCAGAUCAAUCAGCUCGGCUUGGAAGGCCUUGAAACGAUGAAUAGCCAGCUGCUGGGCAGUCUGGGGGGUAUAGAGCCACACGCCCUAGAAGACUUGGACUCAGAUUCUGGUCUUUCCUUGGAGAGCAGUUCUGGUGGUCCACUAUCACCAGGUUCAUCAGAGAUCUCAUCAUCUUCCAGCUCCUACUGUGAGGACGAGUGUGGCGCCACGGGCUACAGCAGUGAAGUAGAAUCGGUCCUCUCAAAAGGAAUACCUGACUACAGCACAACAUGGCCCCCUUCUCGCCCUAAUGAGAAUGUCUGGCAUGACCACAGCUACGCAUCCCCUGCUCUCUUCAACAAGGCAGCAAUAACGCUGCCCCAUAAAAUCGAGGAGCCUUUUAGCGACGAUGCUUGCUCAGAGCUGGAAGAACGGGAGCUGAGUCGUGAUGAGCUGCGAGCUCGCGCCAUGUGCAUUCCGUUUUCCGCCCUGCAAAUCGUCAAUAUGCCCGUGGAAGAGUUCAUGGAGGUCCUGGACGGCUACGGUUUCUCAUCGGACCAGGUCACCCUCCUGAGGGACAUCCGCAGACGCGGGAAGAACAAACUGGCAGCUCAGAAUUGCCGCAAGCGCAAACUGGACGCUAUCACGGGGCUGCAGGAGGAGGUGGAGAGGUUGCAAGCUCAGAGGGACAGGCUCCUGCGAGAUAAACAGCUUACAGCCAAGACAAUGGGUGCCGUGGGGCAUCAGAUAAGGCAGCUGACCAGAGACGUGUUGGCGCGGCUGAGGGAUCGUUCAGGACAGCCCUUGAACCCAGAGAGAUACACUCUGCAGUGCGGCGCUAAUGGGAGGGUUGUAGUCCAGCGUAUCAGACAACCUGCUGUCUCCACAUCAGCCGGCAGCAAGACAGACAAGAGGAAAAAGGACAAGAAGCAGUGAUGAUCGUUUACAAACCAAGACCUUUUCUGGGCAUAUUACUAUGCUGAACGGCUU